GUCAGUGUGAAUUUGUAAAUACAUCGGAUGCAUGUGUUACUUCCCUCUCAAUUUUAUACAUUUUUCUGAAUAAUUAUGUCGAGCGCGAAAGACUUUAUACUCAGUGUUACACAAAGGAUCUUCAGUAAUUGGAGUGCAUUGGAGAUGGCAGUGGCGUAUGGGAUGGGGCCGAAGGAUAGUGCAAUCGACUUCUGCCCGUGGAUAACAGAAACCCUUUUCAUGAAUGAAAAUCCAUCUAACAAAGAGGUAGCAGAAGCCCUAGAAGACUACAUGGAAUCAGAAUUCCAAACGGAAUUGGAGGAUGGUAGUGCGAUACAAGUCGCUGAGCAACUGUUGAAAUUCCAUCGUUACUGUGUCGAGGGAAAUGAAGCGGUUGCAGUGACGGAAAUGGAUAAAUUGCCAUCUCCGAAGACCUGGAUUUUGACACGCGAGGAAAUCAGACAACAGGGGAAUAAUAGACCAGUACCAGUUAAUAAACAAACUCAUUCUGAUAGUGAGGACAAUGAGGAGCAGAUGGAAGUGCCAGCUAAUGAUGAUUGGGUUGAAGUAAGAACUAAAAGGAAAAAAUAAACACAAUUUUCACGUUAA